AUGAGAGAUUGGAAAUCCUUUCUUUUGAUACUGCCAGCGCGAAACCAAAGUCGCACGUUUCUAGUAUUUGUUCCUUCUUAUGCUACACUCAGGUUACGCGGAUGUGGCUAUAGGUACAAGCACGAGCAAUGUAUUGGUGGGUGGGCCUUAGCACUUUUUAUUCCCAAAGCAGUCGUUGUGCAAUUCAAAAUCGCUGGGAGUGGGAUAUCAGGACGGGGCUUUAAUGCUACAGAAGAAAGCUGUGUCGUCCCCGCCAUAGCUCACCGACGGUGUUGUACUGGUUGCAAUGGGAGUCAGGCAAUCGGCUGA